AUGACAAAGCAAUUGAGGACUGUUGACCCGCUGGGUGCUCAACAAACACCCCGGGCCACUGGUCUGGCGUGGCCCCUGACUGUGACGCCUCAACAAACACCCCGGGCCACUGGUCUGGCGUGGCCCCUGACUGUCACUCCUCAACAAACACCCCGGGCCACUGGUCUGGCGUGGCCCCUGACUGUGACGCCUCAACAAACACCCCGGGCCACUGGUCUGGCGUGGCCCCUGACUGUCACUCCUCAACAAACACCCCGGGCCACUGGUCUGGCGUGGCCCCUGACUGUCACACCUCAACAAACACCCCGGGCCACUGGUCUGGCGUGGCCCCUGACUGUCACACCUCAACAAACACCCCGGGCCACUGGUGUGGCGUGGCCCCUGACUGUCACUCCUCAACAAACACCCCGGGCCACUGGUCUGGCGUGGCCCCUGACUGUCACACCUCAACAAACACCCCGGGCCACUGGUGUGGCGUGGCCCCUGACUGUCACACCUCAACAAACACCCCGGGCCACUGGUCUGGCGUGGCCCCUGACUGUCACACCUCAACAAACACCCCGGGCCACUGGUCUGGCGUGGCCCCUGACUGUCACUCCUCAACACACACCCCGGGCCACUGGUGUGGCGUGGCCCCUGACUGGCGUGGAAUAG